AUGAGCACAACUACUUCUACCUCCACAACCAUGACACAGACUCAGCCUCAGCAGCCCCAGCAGCUCAAGUUUUCUGCCACAGCCCGGGAUCCCAUGGCCACCAUGCACGAGAUGGUGACUAACCACAUGCAGCAAUUUGACCCGUCCCACGACAUGCACCAUGUCAACCGGGUGGUGCGAAUGGCCAAGGUUCUGGCCCGAAAGGUGGCCGAGACCCAGCCCGUCGACGAGAAGGUGGUCGAGGUGGCGGCGCUGCUGCAUGACGUGAACGAUUCCAAGUACCGGGAUCAGCUCAACAACGGCGAGGAUGUCAUGAUGAAGUGUCUGCAGGAGUCCGACCUGACUCAGGAGCAGCAGGACCUGGUGGUCAAGAUUGCCAACAACAUGAGCUACUCGACGGAGAAGAAGCUCCGAGAGGCUGGCCAGUGGGGCAAGUGGCACAACGAGUGUGUCGAGCUGCACCUGGUGCAGGACGCCGACCGACUGGAUGCCAUCGGAGCCAUGGGCAUUCUACGACUUGCCGCCUACUCCGGUGCCAAGAAUCGGCCAUUGGUUCUGACCGGAGACGAGGACGACGAGGAUACCAUGUCCCACUUUGGGGCCAAGCUCUUGCAUAUGCACAAGAAGAUGAAGACUGCCCCCGGCCGGGAGGUUGCUCUCAAGCGAACUGCCAUCAUGCGUGACAUGGUGACCAACGCCUUUGAUGAGGUUACACUUGCUGAUCUGGGCGAGAAGACGCCCGAGCUGGAGACCAUCGGCGAUGUGGUCAAGGAGCGAUGGAUUAUGUAA